AUGUCUCGUCUUUACGCCAAAGGUCGUGUUCUUGGAUUCAAGCGUGCCAAGCGCAACCAGCGCCCCGAUAUCUCGCUCGUCCAGAUCGAGGGUGUGAAGACUCUUGCCGAUACCGAGUUCUACCUCGGCAAGCGUGUCGCUUUCGUCUACCGCGCCAAGCGUGAGGUCAACGGUUCCAAGAUCCGCUGCAUCUGGGGACGCAUCACCCGUGCCCACGGUGGUUCCGGCGCCGUCAAGGCCCGUUUCCGCAACAACUUGCCCGCCAAGUCGUUCGGUGCCUCCGUCCGCGUCGUAAGUUCCUUGUCUUUUCUUUUUUUUUCUUAG